UUGAUUACAGUUCUUUAGCAACUUGAAAAUUUGAAUACAGCAGUGCUGUUUUGAAAUUGAUGGCUAGUUAUUUUUGUGGUGUUUUAUUUUUUAAUUAAAAUUCAUGUAUUAAAAAAUGGAGUUAAAAAUAAUAGAAUUUGUGCGAGAAAAUCCAGUAUUGUGGGACAAACAGCAUAGUGAUUACAAAAAUAUCAAACUAAAGGACAAGAAAUGGAGUCAAAUAUCUGCAAUUUUAGGAAUAACUGAUCGUGCUGCAAAAAAACGUUGGAAAACAAUUAGAGACCGUUACCAUAGAAUUUCGAAACAAGAAGAUAAUUUUUUCGGAAAUAACCAAAACAAUAUUACCAAAUACAAGUACGCAGAUAAGCUAGAAUUCCUAAGAGGCAAUACAUCUCAGAUUAUAAACUCUAUAAAUAUCAUUCAUACAAAUUCAAAUAAUAAUUGCAACGACUUGAUAACUGAACAUGAUGAAAAUUGUUUGAAAUAUAUUGAUGCAAUUGACGAAAACAACUACAACGAAACAACAAUGGAGUCAUUAGAAAAUGACUACCAAGAUGAUCCUACUACCCACAUAGAGCCUGAAGAAGAGUGUAAUGAUUCACACCAGCAAAAUGUGGUGAUAGAAUCAAGACAAGCGAUAAAUUUUAAUAAUUCUCCAGCACAUCUCUUUAUGCUGAGUUUGGCCCUUCAAAUAGACAAGGCGAAUUUAAGCACUGAAUCACUUUUGGAUCUUCAAAUUAAAAUGUUUAAUCUAGUAAAGGAAGAAAUAAAACUGCAGAAAUUAAAAUAACUGAUUUUUUUGGUAUAUUCCAGUAUUAUCUAGACAAAAAAAUUAUAUUGAAAUUUUGUGUACGAGAAUAAUAAU